CAAUCGGAUAGAGCGUCAGACUCUUAUGACUAGGCGAUCUGAAGGCUGCGAGUUCGACCCUCGCGGUGGGCUAAUGUUUUUGCAUAAUUUUAGUAUUUGCGUUAUAGGAGUUAUGUCGGCAAUGGUGGUGCACUAGUCUCUGUCCGAGCAUGUGGAAAGGGUUUGUCGACGAAGAAUGUCGGACAAAAAAAUAUUCCGGCUCUAAACAUGUCAUUGAUAAUUUUUUGAUGAUCUUCUGACAGCCUUACGUUGCACCUAGCCUGCCGCAACACCAAAUUCGUAGUCAUUCAAGGCCUAGGUCUUAUACUCAAAGCGCGCUAACCAGACCCGUAAUCCGGCGUCAUGGCCCUUAGUUUUUUUCCGACAAGCAGGCGAAAGUUAGAGAGAUAUGCUUUCUCUAAUUCGCUUCAAGGCCCCUUCCUUUCGCAACUAUAACUGCCUCCCCUUUGGAUUGCACUAGAUCACUCAAACAUGGCCCCACUCACAAAUAGAAAAGGGCCAAAGAGCACAAAGAUGCAUUCAAAAGUCGUUAUUAUUGGGUCAGGUCCUGCAGGACACACCGCCGCUGUAUAUCUUGCGCGCGCGAACAUCAACCCUGUCCUGUUUGAGGGCUUUAUGGCAAAUGGUUUCGCUGCCGGUGGUCAACUUACCACAACCACAGAUGUCGAGAACUAUCCCGGUUUCCCAUCUGGCAUCCUUGGUCCCGAGCUUAUGGAUAGGUUUCGCGAGCAGUCCAUUCGCUUCGGAACGCGGAUCAUCACAGAGACCGUUUCCAAGAUCGAUCUCUCUGCACGCCCCUUCCGUUACUGGCGAGAGGGUGAGGAACACGAUGAACCAGAAACUGCCGAUGCGAUUAUCAUCGCAACUGGUGCGAGCACUAAGAGGCUAGGACUCAAGGGCGAAGUCACAUACUGGCAGAGCGGCAUCAGCGCGUGUGCAGUCUGUGAUGCUGCCGUCCCUAUCUUCAGGAAUCAACCGCUAGCUGUCAUCGGUGGUGGUGAUUCUGCAGCAGAAGAAGCGACCUAUCUGACAAAAUACGGCUCCCACGUGUAUGUCCUUGUCCGCCGUAGCGAACUCCGCGCUUCUAAAACUAUGGCCAAGCGCCUCAUGAAUCACCCCAAGAUUACGAUUCUUUGGAACACCGUCGCAACCGAAUGCCAAGGCGACGGCAACCUCCUCAACAACCUCCGCAUCAAAAACGUAAGGACAGGGGAAGAACAUGAUCUACCAGUGCGCGGACUUUUCUAUGCGAUCGGACAUGAACCAGCUACGUCCCUCGUGCGCUCCCAGCUGCAAACGGACCUUGAUGGGUAUGUCAUCACUGUCCCUGGAACGACGCAGACGAGCGUCAAGGGCGUGUUUGCCGCUGGCGAUGUGCAGGAUAAGAAGUAUAGACAGGCUAUCACUAGUGCGGGGAGUGGGUGCAUGGCCGCGCUUGAGGCAGAGAGGCUUAUUGCGGAGGAGGAGGUAGAGGAGGGUUAGUAGAAAGUCAGAAGAAUUUAAAUGCGUAUACCGCUGCAAUAAUUUUUGCCAUGUGAUCAUCUAGGCUCAGUCCAGGCUUGUUUGACAUGAACUUGAGAAAUGCCGACUGCAGCUUCGGCAGUAUUUGGCUGGCCUAUAGGUCAAAGCUUGAAUUUAUCAGAAAACCCUGUGCAAUAUUGAACUGCAAAAGGUAUUGAUUACCUUCCAAACUUGAACUAAAACUUUAGCCCACCGCGAGGGUCGAACUCGCAGCCUUCAGAUCACCGCCUUGCACAAACUCGUA